CGCGCAGUCGGAGUGUUUGCGGGCGUUCUAUUACGCGGAUGUUGCGCAGGAUUUGGUGUAUUUACGGUGGCUGGGCCCUGGCUCUGGUCGCAAUGCCGGAGCUGCAGUGAGACCGGAACUGGGAUCACAACAUGAAUCUCAGGGGCCUCUUCCAGGACUUCAACCCCAGGUACGGAGACACCGGGGAGACAGGGUGGGGAGACACGGGGAGACCAGGAGGCCGAGGGACGGUAGAUAGCGGGGGGGACCAGGAGAGUGCCGGACGGGGGUUCGGCCUAGUCCCCAGGACCGGGGGAGCCGGGAGCCAUAAUGGGUUUGGUAUCGGGAGAGGACCCGGGGGAGCCGGGAGCUAUAAUGGGUUUGGUAUCGGGAGAGGAUCCUGGGGACUCGGGAGUCAUGGAGGGCUGGGGAUCCGGAGAGAGGGCUCUGGGAUCAUAGAGCGCUGGGGAUCAGGACACGGGGUGGGAAGGCCUAGGCAUGGAGGUAGCAAUAAGGAGAAGCGGACCAUAGAGGGCCCAGUGGGAUGGAGGGAGUCAGGAGAGAGUCCAGGGGGUAAAGAAUACGAGGGAAGGGGGGAGUCAGGAGAAGGCCCCGUUGGUCAUGGAAUAAGGGGAGUCAGGAGAGGUUCCUGAUGGUAAUGUAGGGGUUCAGGAGGUCAUGUAAUGUAGGGGUUCAUGAGAGUCCUGGAGUCAUGCAAUGUAGGGGUUCAUGAGAGUCCUGGAGUCAUGCAAUGUAGGGGUUCAUGAGAGUCCUGGAGUCAUGCAAUGUAGGGGUUCAUGAGAGUCCUGGAGUCAUGCAAUGUAGGGGUUCAUGAGAGUCCUGGAGUCAUGCAAUGUAGGGGUUCAUGAGAGUCCUGGAGUCAUGCAAUGUAGGGAUUAAUGAGAGUCCUGGAGUCAUGCAAUGUAGGGGUUAAUGAGAGUCCUGGAGUCAUGCAAUGUAGGGGUUAAUGAGAGUCCUGGAGUCAUGUAAUGUAGGGGUUAAUGAGAGUCCUGGAGUCAUGCAAUGUAGUGGUUCAGAAGAGGGUCCUAGAGGUCAUGCAAUGUAGGGGUUCAGGAGAGGGUCCUAGAGGUCAUGCAAUGUAGGGGUUCAGGAGAGGGUCCUGGUGGUCAUGUAAUGUUGGACUUCAGGAGAGGGUCCUGGGCACAAUGGAAUAUAGGGAAUCAAGAGACUUGCCUGGGGUUGGAAAGACAUAGUUAUGGAAUCUAGAGGAUCAGGAGAGGGUCCUGGCAGUUGUACAGUCUAGUCAUAAAGGGCAUAAAGACUAGGAGAAGACCCAACCAUGGGUGGUAAGGGUUUAGGAAUGUGGCCUGGGGAAGCAAGAAUAAUGGAAUGUAGGGGAUGAGAAAAGGAUAAUGAUCACUAAGAGCCACUGAUGUUAUUUGCUAUAGAGAGGCAGUGUUUACAUUGCAGCCUAGGGAUACCUCCAGUGCCCACCUCAGAUGGCCACUAGCGGUGCUUCCUGGGUACUGGCUCAGCGUCUCCACCCUCUGCAUGAAGACACUGAACUGUCCUCAGAGAUGCAUUGGAUCAAUGCAUCUCUAUGAGGAGAUGUUGAUUGGCCAGGGCAGCGGUUUGCUCUUUUGAACUAGUGCAAUAGAAGUACUAAAGGCAAGACCUAGUUAGGAAAGAGGAGGAGGGGCUGGUGUCUUUUGAAUUCAGGUUUGAUCCUUUAAUAGAUUUGCAGUGAGGCUAAAGGGGAAUUGUCAUAAAUUACAUCAUUGGAAAAAAAAAAAAAUUUUAAAAAUACCUGUAGGUUUCUAACCAAUUUUCCCCCUUUGCUCUAAUUUCAUUAAAAUUGAUAUUAAAGAAACACUUGAGUAUUCUACAUAAAAUAAAUUAUGUAUAAUACUGGAGUAUUGUAUUGCCAAUUUACGUGUGCCCCCUUUUCACUUAAAAUAAAGUGUCAACUUUCCUUUAAUCCACCAGCGAGACAGUCCCUCGUCACCGCUUCAAUCCACCUGCCUCGAGAUUACCACUGAUGAUCUAUUGGCAAGUAGAAUGCUUCUCAUAUAGAAACAUUAGGAUGAAGAUGGCAUGCGUGACAAUUUCCACGCUGCUAGGAGAAGCACAUCACAUAGAGAAGCAUUAAAAUCAAUGUUUUCUUUUGCAAAGCCCUCAAAUGUUUUCUACUAGCGAGGACGGUGCAAACUAAACACUUUAUAAAAGUGCAGAUUUCUCUUGACACUCCAGGCACCAUAAUAUCUAGUGGUAUUGGUGCCAGAAGUGUCCAAGCCCUCCCAGUGUAGGUAGUCAUAUUGUUUGUGAAUAGUUUGACAACUUAUCUGGAGUCUGCUGGGUGCCCGUCACUUCUUUGUCUGGGGCGUGAAAAUUCCUGCAAGGAGCUCCCAUGUGCUCAUUGAAAGGUAAGUUCUAUCCUAAGUGACUCGGUCCAACUUAGGCGUUCUCUGGUCUCCGUUGUUGGCUGAAUUCAGGUGGUAUAUGCAAGAAGUUGGAUUGGAACACAUAUUGUCAUUUCCUUAUCUACCCUAAUUCAUGUUUUUAUUUAUUAACUUAUUUUGUAUUAUUCUUGUUUAGUGUUUUAUACUAUUAACUAUUCAUUUGCUUUAACACCUAGGUAUUUUAAUAUUUUAUACUAUGUUUUUAUCGCAUCAGAGCCUUUCUUUUUCUUAUUUCUUUCCUCUCUCUCUGGCUUUAUAUCUUAAAUAGUAGCUCCUAAAUUUACGGUUUCUUUUAUACAAUAGGAUUUGCCUAACCCUUGGUUGUUGAGAAUGUAAUCUAAACUUGCAGCCAUGAUUGCAAAUACAACCCAUCCAUGUAUUUUAACUUUUGCAGGGGUCACUGUUAAAAGAAGCUUAAGAAAUAAAAAGAAAAUCAGUGGAGUGUUCCUUUAACUGCGUUUUCCCAGAAUGGCAAGCAAAUCAUAGAAGCGAGAUGUUAGGCAAUAAGAAGUAACUAUGAUUGUUGGUAGGGUUUGGGAGAGAUUUGCUAAGUACAGCAGAUUCUUUGCACAUAAUUGUUUGCAAAUGUAUAGCUAAGGAAGAAAUGUGGCUUUAAUCUGUUUGGCCUCUAUUCUACGUGUUCAUGAUUCAACUGAGUAAAAGUUAAAUUGAUGGAGUCAGCCAGCCUAAAGCAUGUUUUUGUUUUGUUUUUUUCUUCUUAAUCUUAAAUAGAUACUAUAGGCAUCAAAAUAACUUUAGAUUAAUUAAGCAGAUUUGAAGUAUAGAUCUGCAGUCUCAGUACUCAAAUCUUUGCCAUUUGGGAGUUAAAUCACUUUUGUUUCUGUUUACGUAGCCCUAGCCGCACAUCCUGUAUAAAGACCUUUUUAAAAAAAAAAUAGUUUAAUUUGAAAUUAGACCUUAAAACUGCCUUGUCACACCGUAUUUGCCUUUACCCAAUCACUUCCUAUUUUCUACUCUCUUUUUUCCAUUUUUUAAUCUUAAUGCCUGUGAGAUAGCUCAGUGGGCUAAUGCAUCAUCAGUAGAAUCUGUUCAACCUUUGGUUGCAGGUUCUAAUCACAGCAGGGUUGACUCAGCCUUCCUUUCAUCCUUCUGAUGAACAGUAACAACCCUGGAUCGCCAGGACGUACUUGAAAACCAGAGUAAUCUGAAUGUACCAUUCUUGGUUAAAUACUUUAUUAUUACUUCUAACUAAAAACACAAGACACAGUAAUUCUAUGUCUGACUUAUGGGGCGACUGCAGGGAUUCUCCAUUGCCUUCAAUGCUGAACUUUCGCACCUGUCCCCCUCCCCCGGCCAUCUGACCCCCAACCGCAAUGUUACCGUCGAGGGGUCUUUGAAAAUUCUGCAAAGUCCCCAGACUGUGACAGUGCCACUUUAACCUGCUUUGGAAGUUUUUUUUUUUACUUUAAUCACACAGAGGAGGCUGUUGCAUGAUCUAAAAGGCAGGAUAUAAGAAAUAAAACAGACUGCAAAAGGAAGUUUACCGGACGUGUUAAGUAUUGUGAGGAGAUGUGACUAGAGCUGCAUAAACAAAGUGAUUAAACUCCUAAAUGUCAGAUAAUUGAGCAGUGAGGCUGCAGAGGCAUGAUCUAUACGCCAAAACUGCUUCAACAAGCUAAAGUUUUGGUGCCUAUAGUGUCCCUUUAACAGAAAACCUCUCACUGCGUAUAUCAUUUGGAUAAGCUGCAGGUCCUCUUCAUCAAACAGCAAGUACUGGCAAUUUGAAAACUCCCUAGCAAGCGUCCAGCAGCGUUUGCUUGGGAGUUACCAUAGCAAUCACAGUCCAUCGGCUGUGGGAGGUCUUUUCUGCUCUCCGUUGUCCGUCGAAUUGUCAGCAAAGAGACUAUGCUGAAAAUUUGACUGAGAAGUGGGAGAAAAAUCUAGUUUUAAAUAGGGUUUUCUCCCAAACUAUAAAAUUGGUAGCACAAUGUAUAGACAGAAUGUUAUGCUCUGAAAAUAUCGUGUUAAUUAGAAAUGACAGAUAUCCUUUAAAAUACUUCCUUGAGACAUUGCUAUUUUCUCAAAGUAACUAGUUUGAUUUAAUUUUGCACAGUUCAGUGACUAAUCCCCUUUCAUAUAAAAUAUUUUAAGCAGAGUAGAUGGAACUUCAUCUUUAAAACAGAUUGGAACAUUUUUUAAAUAAAAUCUUUUUUGACUUUAUAUCAUUAAAAUCCACGCACCAAGUAACAUUUCUUCUGCUUUGUGUUUUCCAGCAAAUUCCUUAUUUAUGCCUGUUUGUUGCUGUUUUCUGUUCUUCUGUCUCUGCGGCUGGACGGUAUUAUUCAAUGGAGUUACUGGGCAGUGUUUACACCAAUAUGGCUUUGGAAACUAAUGGUUAUUGUUGGAGCCUCGGUGGGUACUGGCGUUUGGGCAAAGAACCCGCAAUACAGGUGUGUUGAUCAUAUUUUAGGCAGUACACUUGUAAAAUAAUGUCCAGUUUGUAUGAGUAAAUAUUUGUAAUAUAUAUAUAUUUUAAAUACAUAAGUACAAACCCUUCCUACAUUAAGCUUUCUACAUUCUUCCAUUUAGCUUCCAUCACACAUGUUCCAAUUUGUUUGUGGUGUUUACCAUAACUUGAUCGCAUCACAUGCCAAGGCCAGAGUACUGCAAAAUAUGUAAUGUAUAAAGUCUGGACUUUUUGAUGCAGGUUAACGUUUAUAUGAACAAACCUAGCCAAAAAUCUGUCCAUAAAUUAUAUAAAAUAUUUUAAACAAAUACUGGAAUAUCUCAGAGUAUUUCUAUCAUGUAUUUAAUAAAAACCAAAUACAUAGUUAUUUUCAAAGGAAGCUUUUUUUGUUUGUAAAUAACCUGUCUAAUAGUGUAUUAAACUGGCAUGUUGUUUUUAAUUUCUAUGUUGUUUAGUAGUGUGGAUUACUCUUGCUGUAGUUAAAGGACCACUAUAGUGCCAGGAAAACAUACUCGUUUUCCUGGCACUAUAGUGUCCUGAGGGUGCCCCCACCCUCAGGGUCCCCCUCCCGCCCGGCUCUGGAAUGGGGAAAGGGGUUAAAACUUACCUUUUUCCAGCGCUGGGCUGGGAGCUCUCUGCCUCCGAGCCUCCUCCGUUCCUCCCCGUCGGCUGAAUGCGCGCGCAUUCAGCCGGACGCAUAGGAAAGCAUUAUCAAUGCUUUCCUAUGGACGCUUGCGUGCUCUCACUGUGAUUUUCACAGUGAGAAUCACGCAAGCGCCUCUAGCGGCUGUCAAUGAGACAGCCACUAGAGGAUUUGGGGGGAGGCUUAACCCAUUCAUAAACAUAGCAGUUUCUCUGAAACUGCUAUGUUUAUAAAAUAAUGGGUUAAGCCUAGCUGGACCUGGCACCCGGACCACUUCAUUAAGCUGAAGGGGUCUGGGUGCCUAGAGUGGUCCUUUAAAAUAUGUAUACUCCAUCAGAGAGAGAUUGUGGGAUUUAUUCACUAAAAAGUGUAUUGUAUUGAAUUGAAAAGAAAUUUCAGCAUUUUUAGUAAAUUCACAUUAAUAUUCAUUAAAGGGACACUUUGAACCUCUAAAAGCUGAAGUUCUUUAUGUGUGAAGAGUGCGCAUUAGACCUCCCCAUAGGAAUGCAUUAUUCAAUACUUUCGUAUGGGGUAAAUCUGACACUGGAGGUCCAGUUUGGAUUCUGGAAGCCCUGUAGUGGCUGUCUGUUAGACAGCCACAGAGGGCAGACUUAGAGCUGCAAUGUAAACAUUGCAGUUCUCUGGUACUGAGUGCAAAAGGGUCACAGCACCCAGACCACUUUAGCUAAUUGCACUUUCCCUACAGUGUCCCUUUAACCCUUGUAUUGUAAGCAAAGAGUGCAUAGAUAUGGUGCCUGUAUUCAUAUCUUUCUACUACCUUUUUAAUGUUUCUUUUAUUUAUUUUUUUUCUUCUUAACCCUACAGGGCAGAAGGCGAAACCUGUGUGGAGUUUAAAGCCAUGCUCAUUGCAGUGGGCAUUCACUUACUGCUCCUUAUGUUUGAAGUUUUAGUCUGUGAUCGCAUUGAAAGAGGAAACCACUAUUUCUGGCUCUUGGUUUUCAUGCCAUUAUUCUUUGUGUCACCUGUGUCGGUGGCUGCGUGUGUAUGGGGAUUCAGGCAUGACAGGUCUUUGGAAGUAAGUUGUAAUAGAUGUUUACUGCUUAAAAUGAUUGUGUUUAUGUCUGUGAGGAUACACACCACUAAGCUCGCCACUGUCUACCUGCUAGUCAGGCUUGCUUUUAUAUGCGGCAUUAGUGUGUGCCCCAGCCAGUCGGGGGCAGCUGUGGCUGAGGUUGAUGCAGGUUUUUCCAGCCUUUGAUCAGAAAUGGGUACAAUUCAAUUUACAUAGGCUCCUUUCUAUUAAUCUUAUAAAAUAAAAAGGGAAGGUGGUGAGUCAUAAUUUCUUACUGCAUCACACAAUGUAGGUUGCUGUAUCACACUGCCAGAGAUUAGGAUAAUUUGGGUAAAAAAAGACAUUUUAAAAGGUAAAUUCCUGGUUUUUCUCCUCAAUCUGCUUUUUUGCUUCUAAUGUUUGCCUGUAUUAAAGUUUCCAAUAUUAAAAUGAAAAGCGUUUUGUGGCUCUUUAGUUCUGCCCUUUAUUAUAUAAAAAGCACAUUUUAUUUCUAAGAAUCAAAACUGCUGUGAUUUAAUAUGAGGAAAACUAAAAAAUUUUGGAAUACUUUGAUAAAUAUUCCCCUUAGAGAUGUAAUAAAACCUCAAAUAUUUGAAGAGAUUUAGCAACGUGUCGGGGACUCUGCUAACUCUUUCAUUUUGUGUUUCAACAAUGUGCAGGCUGUCCACCAACUUCAUCCUGCAGGUCCUCUUCAGUUCCUGGAUCUUAAGUUGUCAGGAGCUGCAUCAGUAACUGUACUCAUGGAGGAUCUCAUAACAUCACAGGCCAUUCCUGAAUCCCACAGCCAUCACGUUUUGACAGCUGCUGGAAUUGAACAAAGGUUGACAACACAGCUCUUACUUUUGUCAACCUCAGGCUUGUCCAUAAGACAAAGUAGUCCUUACUUUGUCUUAUGGUGUCAUUGGUUUAAGUUGGAAUUUAAGUGAAAUCCCAACACAGUCUGGAUCAGUAUUUCAUAAAGAAUACAUCCUUAUGAAAUACUGAAAAGUAACAGAUCCUCUUUAAAUGUUAUUUAAUGUCGGUUUGUUAGGGGACGUAUAACCAUUUCCUUCCUUUUUCUUUGCAGCUGGAGAUCUUGUGUUCUGUUAAUAUUUUACAAUUUAUAUUCAUUGCACUAAGACUUGACAGCAUUAUCACGUGGCCUUGGCUGGUGAGUUAUGGUUUAAAAUCUCUAAUAUUAAAUGUGAUUUACAGUCUUGUGUUGUUACUCUUUUGCUUUAUUUGGGAAACGUUCGUAUCUGUAUCUCAAAUUUAAGAUCAUUUGCAACAUUACCAGGAUUCCUGAUCUGCAAAUGUCCCACUUUUCUGGAGCUUAAUGUCAGUGAAUCGUUUGGCUUGGUUCUCCCUUUUCAGGUCGUCUGUGUCCCUCUCUGGAUUUUGAUGUCCUUUUUGUGCCUAGUCGUUCUAUAUUACAUUGUAUGGUCUGUCCUGUUCUUGCGCUCCAUGGAUGUUAUUGCAGAACAGAGGAGAACACAUAUCACUAUGGCAGUCAGCUGGAUGGCCAUAGUUGUUCCGUUGUUGACUUUUGAGGUAUGCUGCUUCUUUCAUUUAAAUAUCUGUUUUGGAAAUUGCUAAACCACCAUAUGUCACUGUGACUUUAUUCAGCUGUAUGCAUACAUAUAUGGGUAGCACAUACAACUGGAUUUUGAUAUGUAUUGAUGUUAAAUUUAAUCCUACACUCAACUAAAGAAAGACUGUUAAAGCGACCUUAACUCUAUAUAAAUACACCAGGUGAAAAAUGUGGUCUGUGUAGUGCGAAUAUUGCAUAGGUUAUACACUGUUCUGUAUUAGGCCAAGUCUCACUAAUUUAGAACCAGCACAGUGAGAUAUAUCUUGCCAAAGUUGGAUAGGCUGAAAUUGUCAAUUCUGAUUAUCUCAACCAAGGAGGUGGGCUGGGGGUUGAGCCAAAUGUCACCCUGGCCAAUCCGCAUCCCCUCAUAGAGAUGCAUGUUUAUAAGAACUUAUAAGUUCAGUGUCUCCAUGCAAAAGGUGGAGACACUGAAUGUCAGUGCACUACCCCAGGAAGCACUUCUAGUAGCCAUCUGAGGAGUGGCCAUUGGAGGUGUCCAUAGGCUGUAAUGUUAACACUACCUUUUCUCUGAAAAGGCAGUGUUGACUGCAAAAAGCCUGCAGGGACUGAUUAUACUCACCAGAACACCUACAUUAAAGGACCACUAUGGUGCCCUGAGGGUGCCCCUUUUUUUAGUACAAAGUAUUAUGCUUGAUAAAAUAAUUUGUUUACAUUAAUUUGUCUGCUGUAUGUUAAUUAAAGGCAACAUAGUUCUUAUCAGUAAAAACAUGAACAACAAAACAUGCGCAUGUCUACUUCAAAUAUUCAAAAGAGAACAUAAUUUUUAAGCAAAUUGCACUUUUGCUCUGUAUUCUAAUGCUCUGGUAAAGUAUAAAGAUCUGCAGGACUUAGACCCCUGUUUUAAAGCCCAUCCAUUAUGGCAGUUUUAAUGCACCUGUCUCUCAGAUUGAUUGAUUGAUUGGGUCAGAGUGGCUCUUUGAGCAUUAGUUUCUCCAUCCAUCUUAGGUUGGCCUCCUCGUGUGCUAGCCCCCAUAUUUGGUAUUUUCUAUCCACAGAAGUACAAAAUAGUAUGACACAUUUAUUUUCUAAACCAUCACUUAUUCAACACCAUCACUAAACCAUGUUUUAAACAAAAAUCUAACUUCUUUUCCAAAAUGGAUAUUUUAACAUAAGAUAUGAAAUUUCUGUUUGGAAUUACUAUUCUUUCUCAAUGAUAACUGGUGUAGUGAGUAGAGUAAUAGAGACUCUGCUUAUUUUGCUUCUAACCUGUGAAAACGUUACCAGAAGCAUAAUUUCAGUAAUACAAUAUAGCUAAACUGGCAUAAUGAACGUAUAGAAACAAGAUUGCAACAAUAGAUUCAUUUUAACAUAAACCUUUUAAAUGAACCAACUGAGCUAAACUCUUAAUGUUUUUUUUUCCCUUUCCAGAUUUUACUUGUUCACCGAUUGGAUGGGCAUAAUUUAUUCUCAUAUAUUCCUAUAUUUGUACCGUUGUGGCUUUCUUUAAUAACUCUAAUGGCAACCACCUUUGGUCAGAAAGGAGGGAAUCACUGUAAGUAAAAUUAUAUCUAAAUUAAUUAAUUUAAAGCAACAGUUGUGAGCAACCUGCAUACAAUGCUUUUUAUUUUACACAUGAACAUUGACAUACAUUUGGAAAGGAGAGUGAAAGUUUAUAUAUGGUGCCAUCGUUACAUUUGAAUACAUCUGCCUAAAAUCAUUAAUUUCAUGGUCAUUUCUGCUUUUACCUAUAAAUGUUUUAUAAGUGCUAUCUAGUGCUCUUUAUUUUAUAGUCCUAAAACGGUUGCUGUGGUUCUCUUUUUAUUGAAAUGGUUACCAAAAAUAAAGUUUCUAGUCAGUCAAAAUGUGUGUAAUAAAAUGUUCUCUCGCUCUGGCUUAGGAAUUAAAUUGCCCUUAUUAGAUGUUUUCUGAUUUAAUGGAAUACAUUGAUUUUAUUCUAUUUUACACUAUUCUAAAUUGAUAAAGGCUUUGUGGGCCUUUUCAAUUACCUGAUUUCCUACACUUUAUUAAGAGGUUUACAGGACACUAAAUUAAGUUUGCCAUUGAUUUUAAGAACUGAACCCAUGGAUCAAGGAAAAUGUAUUGAGAGAAGGCAUUUUCUUGUAAAAUAUAUAUAUAUAUAUAUAUAUAUAUAUAUAUAUAUAUAUAUAUAUAUUUUCUCUCUCUCUCUCUCUCUCUCUCUCUCUCUCAUCAUGAGCUAAUGAUCAUUUUGUAUAGAAUUUAAAAAUAAUGACAAGUGAAAUGUUAUUUGCUAUAAUUUCUUCACGCAGUAAGAGCAUGUGACUCUUAUACAAUUCUAAAGCUUACGAUUGUUUAGUGAAAGAAAGACUUGGAAAUCUGGUUUUAAUUCAACAAAUUUAAAUCCUACUGACCAAAAUGAAUUCUCUUACAGGGUGGUUUGGAAUCCGUAAAGACUUUUGUCAGUUCCUACUAGAGAUUUUUCCUUUCCUUCGAGAAUAUGGCAAUAUCUCUUACGAUAUACACCACGAGGACAGCGAAGACGCAGAAGAGACACCUAUUCCAGAACCACCGAAGAUAGCUCCAAUGUUUCGUAAAAAGACUGGUGUGGUUAUCACGCAAAGUCCAGGCAAAUAUGUAGUACCACCUCCAAAACUAAAUAUAGAUAUGCCUGAUUAAGGUGAAUUGAUAUGGUAUUCAUGGGUUCAUCAAUGACCUCCUUCUGUAGGUACAUGCACACGUGUUGUGGACUGAAGGGAAAAGCAGCUUUUGGCUGCAUAGUGUAACUGUAAACGCUACUGACCUCAUUUUUGUUUUUGUUAUUUUGGAGGGGGGGGUUGUUUUUUGUUUUUUUUAUACAGUCUAACUGACUUUUACAUCUGUGUAUGUCAAGUUCCAAACCCUUAUAAAUUCUGGUGUCACUUUGUCAGUUGGAGACUCCUCUAGGGUCCAUUUCACUCUUAGUCUCCCUGAAAUCUGAAUUAUUCUUAUUUGAAUUAAAUCUUUCUUAAAGGUUUUUUUUUUUUUUCCACAUGUUCCCUCUUUCUAUUUUUUUCUUCUCUGUUACGCAGAGCAGAUAUUAUACAUUUCGAAGACAACUUGUGCAGUGAUCCUUCAUGCUCGGACGCAUAUUUUGCAUCUUACCACUAGAAAAUAUGUUUUUUAAUUGGGAUUUUCAGUUUGAAAAUCCAAAUGCAUUAACUUGAAAAAAAAAAAGGUAGUAUUUAAGGAAGAGGCCUUGUAUUCUUUUAAACAUGGAAUGUAUCUUGUAUAUGGAUUUUUCUUUAGGUUGGGGAUAGGCAAUUUCUUUCCCUGUGUGUUGUAAUUGGUUUGUUUUAAGUUUCAAUCUUUCUCAAAACAGUUGAAUCCUUCAUUUACUGCAUGCUUAUUCUGUAUGCAAUGAGAAAUAUACUUAAAAUCUGCCCUAUCGGCAACACCUAAAGAACAUCCUGUCGAAGGUAUUGAUCCAUUCAUCGAUGUAUAGUAUUUAUAAGAGCAUUUUAGCAAUGUAAUAUAUUGUGUUAAAAAUUAUCCUUCUGUACAGUAUAAAUUGAAAAUACAAAGUAUUUUUUUAAGUAAGCCGUGUUUGUAAAAAGAAAAUGCAUAUAUGUAUUGAAUAUGUCAAUUUACAUUUUAAAAGCUACGGAAAAAUAUGUAAACAUCAAAAAAUGCCAGUACUUCCUUAUUUUCACACUGAUUUAAAAUCACCUUUUCAUGUAAUAUGCUAUAAGUCAUUGAGUUGAAUAUUAAUAACUUAUUAGGCUAUGAAAAAAUGUUGCUUUCUAGUUCUACAUGAUAACAGGAGAUGUAACUACUGUGUGUUCAGUAAAUUCUUUUGAUGUCUAAAA